AGUGGCCAUCUCCAACUUCCGUUACGAGUUUUUCCUAGUGGAGCCGUGUAAAUACCGAUCAAUGGGAGAACGACAAAGGACUGGUGAUUUUUACCGCGAUAUUUUCGGGCGGUAUUUGUCUUUCCAGCUGAGUACCACUAAUGCUAGCUCUUUAUAUUGGAGUGCUCUGCACCCAGGUCAAUGGCAAUGCUUCUGACAAAGCGGACCCCUCGCAUCCUUCGAGCUGCGAUAAGUCGCUGAAUUAUCGGAAGAAAAUCGUUUCAACCUCAGAGGUCGUAUCACAUGUUGCCCACUCUUCCAUUGGUUUCUCCAUGCCCCGCGGGAUCCUCGUAGCGGAAUGCUUAUAACGUUGACCCUGGCGGGGCGAUAAGCCCCUUCAACGAUGCUUGCCACUAUCCUUGUCGUAUCGUCACUGCCCCUACUCGUUGUGGCACAGAGUGCAGCGAGCCUUGCAUAUACCCCUGUUUAUGGCGCAUGCCCGAGCGGGUUCAACCUUGUUCGGCAAGCGGGCUUCAGUGCUGCUGGCAAUCAGACUCUAAGUCCUCAAGAAGCUGCGUACAUCAGCGCCCGCAAAUCAAAUGUCUCACCUAAUGCUUGGAAGACCUAUCUCUCCAAUAUCGAGGCUACCAACGCGUCGUUACCUUCCUAUGUCUCCGGCAUCCUCAGUGGCAACAGCAGCGGCAUCGCGGAUUAUCCCAACCUGGGAAUCGCGUGUAGCGGUGGAGGGUGGAGAGCUACGAUGUUUGGUGCUGGUGUUCUGAAUGUACUGGAUGGUCGGUAUGACAUGUCUGUUGCGUUGGGUACGGGUGGGUUGCUUCAGGCAGCCCAGUACCUUACAGGUCUCUCUGGUGGCUCGAAUCUGGUAGGAUCGUUGGCUCAGGCCAACUUCCCUACCAUGGAUGUCCUAGCUUUUGGCACGAAUUCGACAGACCCCACAUAUACAUGGGGCGGAUGGUUGUCGCAGAUCAACCAAGAGGCGCCAUUCACCAACGCGACUCAGAACAGCGAGUAUCUCCAGGUGCUCAUCGAGGAAGUGCGCGGGAAGUUUGAGGCAGGCUUUGCUGUUUCUUAUGUGGAUGUGAUUGCGCGCGACAACGGACGUCAUUUCGUGAACGGCACUGACCUUGGCAAUUUCUUUGACGAUUCGUUGGCGCAUGGAGCAGGAUAUACCUGGUCAGGCGUUGCAAAUGUCUCAACUUUCAUGUCAUACGAGCAACCGUUCCCCAUUCUCGUUGCAACACUGUUGUCUCCCAACGGAAAUAUGUCCACCGUCAUCCCAAAUUCGAGCUUCAUUGUUCCAACCUCCAAUCCCAUCAUGGAGUUCAACGUUUAUGAAAUGGGAUCAUAUGAUCCUACCCUUGCAGCCUUUACGCCUAUGAAAUAUCUUGGAACGAUGAAUGAGUCCAUCUGUGUCACUAAUUAUGAUCAGAGUGGCCUUGUCAUGGGAGCUUCCGGUGAUUGGAAUACGUUUUAUAAUACAUCGGAAUCGACCUUCGAAGCCUCAUCGAUAUACCCCAUCAUCGAGGCUCUCAAUAGUACACUUCCUCAAACCAACGUCGUCCUCGAUGGCACGCUCUUCCCAAACUCUUUCCAUGGUCCCACUACAGAGGGCACGUUCGUUGACGCCGGAGAAACAGUAAUCGCGAUGUCCGACGGCGGAAGUGACGGAGAAGCCGUCCCGAUUCAACCUUUGCUGGUCAAGGCAAGAGGGGUUGACACCAUUUUUGCCAUUGACUCUAACCAAGACUGGGGAAAUGCAUAUUGGUCCGCUGGUGGGUCUCUGAUUAACACGCAAAACCGCAUCAACGCACUCUUCCCCACCGCAUACUCGUUCCCUCCUGUCCCAACCAAUGUCUCCGAGUUCAUUACACAGAACCUCUCUACGAGGCCCACUUUCUUCGGAUGCGAUUCCAGCACGGAGGCACCGUUGAUAAUUUAUUUAGCAAAUGGUGGUCCACCAAGGAAUGGCGAGACACCACUGACGAAUGUUGCGCCAAAUAACGUCACAACCGCACAAAUGCAAGGGUUCCUCGACCAGACUUACACAAUCGCUACGCAAGGAAACCCAGCAAACGCAAGUAGUGCGAUCGACCCUGAGUGGCCCGCAUGCCUUGCAUGCGGAGUUGUGGACCGCGCGCGGAAUAGGAGUGGGGUUGAGAGAAGUGGGGUGUGUUCCAGCUGCUUUGAGCGAUACUGCUGGAAUGGUUCGACGUAUGGGCUGGAGGUGAUCAGUGGUGCUCGCAGCUUGUAUGUCAGUGGAGGGUGGAGGAUUGCGGGAAUGGUGGCUACGUCCUUAUUUGUAUUGGCUUUCAUUUGAGGUCGGGCGAGACCUGGGUUCACGCGAUGGGUUAAUACUGAGGGUGCGUAUUUCAUAGGAUCCGACACAUUAGAUUUCAUGUUCGCCUGUAAAGUUGCGCAUCAUGGACAUGCUAGAUAUUUACCUCGCAACCUGACCUCGAGAGGAGGGAGGAGCUGUCAUUAUUUUACAGUGUCUGUAGGUAACUAUAAGGAGCAAGUUUGAGCUCAACCAAGCUUGUGUAUCGCCGUUUCAGCGGUAUGGUCAAGUACCAGAUCUGGCAGUCAGAUGCGACAAAUCUAAGGUGUGAGGGAGUUCCCAUGCGGACGCCUGUGAUC